ACCUCUUUCCAAUACAUAUUAAGUGGAGCGGAAUUAUCGUAAUUCGGUGCAGUCGAUAUUUUUCGUUCCUUCCUUUUCGUCAUUCUCUUCUCUUUCUCCUCGAAGGUUCGAUUUCUCUUUCUCUUUUAUUCGCUUUUCCAUCGCAUAGCUUAUUCAAAUCGCGCUUUUCUAUUUCCCUUUCAUUAUCCAAUUAAACCAUCGGUAAUCCCUUUCAAUCCCUAAUUUGUUCUCGUUUUCCCCUCUCCUUUUCUUAAUUUUUAGGGUUUCGAUUUAAAUCCAAUCAUUAUCUUCCUACUUUAGCACCGCGUCAAAUUGUCUUUAUUUUUAGGGUUUUGAAUCUUACUUUUGUUCUUCAAUUUUAAAAUUUGGAUCAUUCUUUGUGUUUUGGGUUUAGGGUUCUGAUAAUUAAAUACAAAAAAACAAAAACAAAAAAAGUUUUUUGCGAUUGAGGAAUUAGGGUUUUCAAUUAGAAUUUAUCAAUUUAGAUAGAUAGAUUUAUGGCUGCUGGUAGACAUGGCAGUUACCACGAAAACGAGUUUAAGGAUCACGAGUCUAAUUUGGAAGUUUCAAGGCGGGGUUAUUCGAAUUCAAAAGAGUAUGAUCCGGUUAGGAAUGGUGGGAGUGGGGGCAGAGAUUCCAGAGAUAGAAUUAGGGUGAGGCAGAAGGAUGUCAGGGAGAAAGAAGCUGCUGUUAUUAAUGGCAGUUAUCGGUCAUCUUCUAGCCGGAGUGAUUCCGGUAGCAGUGGCAGCCUUGGUCCUCGCCGGUGUGGUUUUUCUUCAAAGUCAACUGACAGAGAGCCUGGUGAGCUUUCCAGUGAGAGUGGGUCUGAUGGUGCUAUUGAAUCUGAAUCGGGGGUGAACAGGUCUCGGUCCCCUGCUCCGCAGGAGAGGAAAAGGAAAUUCUCGCCCAUUGUGUGGGAUCAGGAUGACAAGGAAGUGAAGGGGUCAUCGAAGGUUAGGGUCUCCACAACACCAGUGGCUGCUCUUCCUCCUCUGCCUCAGCUGCCAAAACCGUCUGUUCUGUCGCUGAGUGCUUCUUAUGAUGAAGUUCAAGUGUGUUCUGUCAAGAACAGGGAAACUAGGGAUGUUGAGUUGCCCACAGCAUCUAAGGUUUCUGUUCCUUCUCCUUCCGGAUCUCAGUCCUUGUCACCGAAACAGACAUGGGGUAAUAAUCAGGAAACCGAGCAGCCAGAAGGUGAUGAUUAUGUUCCAACUCGAAAUAUUUCUUCUUCAAGAUGGGCAGCUGGAGAUAACUCUCCUGUUGAUGAGGGUGAGAUUCUCAAUGAUGAGGAAAUGCCUAAAAGGAAGAGGAGACUCACUCCUGAGGUUUUGGAGACUAGAGUGAGGAACAAGUUAUUGAGCCCCAAUGAUUCUAAAAUAGGUGGUUUUGAAGGUGCUCGAGCCAGAUCAUCUGAUUCGGAAGAAAGAAGUGUUAACCAUGGGAGAACGUCUAGUGGUGAUGGACAUCCUGGUAUUGAAUCAGAAAAGGAUGACUAUAUGGACAUUGAUGUUCGAGGUACAAAAAGUGACACCAGUAGUCACUCAGAUACAGAAUCUGAAGAUGACAAUGAUAGGCAAGAGACUCCUGAACCUCCAGCUCAACCUCAAAGAACGGUCAACAUGCUUCAGGGUUGUAGAAGUGUUGAUGAGUUUGAGAGACUUAACAAGAUAGAUGAAGGAACAUACGGUGUUGUAUAUAGGGCCAAAGAUAAGAAGACCGGGGAAGUUGUAGCAUUAAAGAAGGUCAAGAUGGAGAAGGAAAAAGAAGGCUUCCCGCUGACUUCUCUUAGGGAAAUAAACAUUCUUCUCUCCUUUCACCACCCAUACAUAGUUGAUGUCAAGGAAGUAGUGGUUGGAAGUAGCCUUGACAGUAUUUUCAUGGUUAUGGAAUACAUGGAACAUGAUCUUAAAGGAUUAAUGGAGUCAAUGAAACAACCAUUUAGCCAAAGUGAAGUGAAGUGCUUAAUGAUCCAACUUUUAGAAGGUGUGAAGUAUCUUCAUGACAACUGGGUUCUUCAUAGGGAUUUGAAGACUUCAAACCUGCUUUUAAAUAACAGGGGUGAGCUAAAAAUUUGUGAUUUUGGCUUGGCUCGUCAAUAUGGGAGUCCUUUGAAACCAUAUACUCACCUGGUGGUUACUCUUUGGUACAGGGCACCUGAACUUCUUCUGGGGGCAAAACAGUACUCAACAGCUAUUGAUAUGUGGUCUCUUGGUUGUAUAAUGGCUGAGCUAUUGUCUAAGGAACCGCUGUUCAAUGGAAAAACGGAAUUCGAUCAACUUGACAAGAUUUUCAGGAUACUUGGCACUCCAAAUGAAACAAUAUGGCCAGGCUUCUCAAAAUUACCUGGAGUCAAGGUCAAUUUUGUCAAGCACCAGUAUAAUCUUCUGCGUAAAAAGUUUCCUGCCACAUCAUUCACUGGAUCUCCAGUUCUUUCUGAUUCUGGAUUUGAUUUGUUGAACAAGCUCCUAACUUAUGACCCUGAAAAGCGGAUCACAGCUGAAGCCGCUCUGAAUCAUGAAUGGUUCCGUGAAGUUCCUCUUCCCAAGAGCAAAGAAUUCAUGCCUACAUUUCCUGCUCAACAUGCUCAGGACAGGAGGAUGCGGAGAGUGUACAAGAGUCCAGACCCUUUAGAGGAGCAGCGACGGAAGGAGUUGCAGCAGGGUGAAUUAGGGACUGGUGGAAUUUUUGGUUAAGAUUGGAGUUAUUUAAACCUAUGUCUCAAUGAACAUUCUAACAUGCCACACAGAAUGUUUGCAUUGAUGAGGUGAGGAUAUGUACUGAACGGAAGUUGCAAGCUUUGUUUGUUAGACGAUCACUCCUGCUAUUUUUUUAGCAGGAGCUUGUUGGUUUGAGCAGAGAUGUAUUCUUUUAUGUUCUGGAACCAAAUUUUUUUUCAGGUUAACAUUCUUCGUGCUUGGUCAUCUUAUAGAAAUACAUCCGUGACACUUUGCUGCUCAAGGUGUGGCAUAACCUUCUGAAAUUAGGAAGUCAGUGUCUGUUGAAUCUCGUGUAUGUAACAUAUUUUCAUUUUAAUUUUAAUUUAUUGGCAUAUUGUAAACAAAUUUUAUCUGGAUUUGAGUAUUAAAGCAAUAUGGAUUUUCUAGCAGCUAUCAGUUAUUUCUCUCCUUUUUUUUAAUAUUCACAUUGUGUAUGCAAGAGAUGGUUGGUGUGAAGUGGAAGAGGGCCUUCUGUGCAUUUCGUUGGAGAAAAUGACAGGGAAUUUUUAUGCAUGAAAGUUAAAAGGAAGCAAAGAAGUUCUCUUAUUAUCAUGUGUAUUCACCGUCUGAAGAUUGAAGUUUGGGAACAAGGAUAAGAAUUCUCUUAUGACAUUGUCUGCAAAUGUCACUGCAGUAUAAAAGCAAGCAGGUUGAGGAGGAUUCCAGAAUAUCCUAAAGUAUAGGAGUUCAAUUAGUUGUCCUUCAGACUCUCUAGAGGUUCGGUAAUAUAUAGCUUUGCUGUGCUAAAUCCAUGUUCACUGUGAACAAUUUCUAAACGCUACAAGUGUUACAUGGAUUCCUGACCUUUGCACGCUUUCUACAAGGUACCAAAAUUGGGUAAUUUACAAGACACCAAAAUUCUCGGUUCUUAUGUUCUGUCUUUCGAUGAGAAACUAAUGUCUCCACCCUCCAGUUGUCUAAUACUUUACCAUUAAAUGUCUGAUGUUAUAAUAUGCUGUCAAGUCGUCUUCUUGUGUCUACAAUGGUGAAAGAAUUGUUUCAAAUUUGAGUAUUUUUCUGUAAUGAAAACUUGCUCUUAUCAGAAUUAAAUAUAUUUUUUAUUUAUUUAUGGUUAACCCACCCAUGUUUUUUUCCUGGAGGCUUCAAUUAUCUGUUACUCCCAAUGAUGGGGAUUUAAUAUUCAACUAUUGGCACAUCAGUCCGUUUCUUGUUCUGCGGUUUAUUAUUGAGGUGGGGGAUUUCUCCCUUUUUCACACAUAAUUUGGCUUUAGACAUAUAACCCAAAAGUAAUUUGUUUAGUGUUUUUCUGCUCUAGAAUGUUUCUCAGCCUAGUUGUUGCAAGUUUGGAAUAGUUGGGUCGGGUGCAUCUUUAUGAUUCUCUCGCAGCUGAGAUUCUAUUAAUUCACAGCUGCGAGAUGUAAAGCAUCCACACUGAUGGACUAUACCGUAAGCAUAUCCUCUGGGUUUUUUAACCCUUCAUGUGAUAGCAGUAGGCAGGUUGUGAACAUGAAAUUUUGCAGUGUGGGGUAAGGUUUUGUAUUUGACAUGUUCCCAUUUAUGCUCAACUGGUGGACGUGCAAUCAAUUUUACUUGCUACAGUAGCAAUCGGUUGCAUGCGAUCACGUCAAAGGCUAUUUGAAAACGAUUUAAAUUGAAUUUGGCUAUUAUCUAGGAACUUGUAAGAGAUAUUUCAAAUGGCUGUGAUGUUGAGAAAAAUGUUGUUUAAGUUUGCUUGAUCUUCUCUUAUGGUGUUUCUCACGGUUGAUUUUAAUCAUUAGGGAGGAAUGUGUGGGUAUCACCUACACAAUCGGAGGCACUCCUUAACCCAAAUGUUGGUUCACCAUCCAUUUUCCAUUUAAAUGAGUGGUAGUGCUGCGUAGGGUAAAACCUUAUAGGUGUAUUUUGCUAACCAACAAUCUAAGUUGGGGUCAAAAGAACAUAAUAAAAUUGACAUUUGUUGCAAAUUUGUGUCUCAAAUGCGGUUAGAUAUUGAAGCUUAUGUGAGGCAUGACAUUGGUGUUUUCGUACAUUGGUUAUUUUUGAUUGUAUUUUAGAA